AUGAUAUUUAAACGAAAUAUUAUUUUAUUAUCAUUUUUAGUGGGCUUAGCAACCAUACUAAAAGGCAUUUUUACACAAAAAAUUCACUGUGAUAGGGAAUCACAAUUUUGUUUGACUGCAUCAAUUCCUAAUGUUUCUUUUGAUCCAAAAGAAACUUAUGCAUUAUUUCGAAUGGAAGCACCAUCAACAGUCGGAUGGAUGUCAAUGGGAAUUGGGAGAAAUAUGAUUGGAAGUUAUAUGGUGAUUGCAUGGCCUUGUGCUAAUGGCAGCGUUAUAAUUUCGCAACGUAUUGCCAAAGGAUAUGAAGUUCCAAUAGUGACAAAGCAUCAACAUGAUAUAAUGUUAGAUCCAUCAAGUGGCAUUCAAGGAAAUAAAUUGGUGGUACUUUUCAGACGUCCAUUAUCUGUCAAUGGCUCUUUAAUCACAACCGACACAACCACUUACAUCUGGGCAAUCCAUGACGCUGAACGGCCUGACGAAGAUCCAAACACUAUGGGAAUUGAAAGACAUAAUGCACUUGGCACGAUGACAUACCUUGCUGGUGUAAGAUUCAAUAUUGAAAAUAGGCAUCAUGUUAUUGGAGGUGCUUUAACAUUUUGUUUCGCUGUUCAACUUUUAAUUGGAGCCAUUCAUCAUCAUUUAUAUAGCCCAGAACGUAAAUCUAUUCCUUGGUGGACAAAAGUUCAUUGGUGGUUCGGAAGAUUUGUUGUCAUCCUUGCAUUUGUACAAAUCCCAAUUGGUUUUAAUCUUUUCAAUGUUUCUAAAACAUACAUUGGUGGCUAUUUUAUCUAUUCAAUGGUUUUAAUCAUCACAUACAUUACAUUAUCAAUUGCAUUUUGGAGAAGAAGGAAAAGUGAAAUUCGUAAUUCUGGACGUUCGACUGUUUUGUAUACCGGAGUUCGUCAAGAUGAUGGUGAUUUUGAAAGUCUUUUAACAACAGAAGUACAAUAA